AGGCUGCUCUCUGUAACAGCCCGCGUCCGUCAUCGCUGCCGCUGCUGGAAUCUGACAGUCGGUGUGUCAUCUCUUUGGCCCGAACUCCGAGACUGAUAGCUGCGGCAACAAACGGGCGCAACAAAGGGACUCACUGUUUCUCCCGCGGAGGGGUCGGGUACCGAUGUAGCUUUCCGCCAGCGGUCGGGGGUUUGGGAGACGUAGUGGCGAAGCCGUCCGACCCGAGGGACGAGGGUUCGGCGCCCGGCCGGCACCCGGCGGCGGAUGAGGCGGCGCGGGCGAUGACGCUCAAGAGGGACGCCAGCGAGCUGAGCAGCCGCGCCAGGGCCUUUUCCGUCGAGGCACUCAUCGGCGACAAGAGGACCGCAGAUGAGGGUGAGAGCGCGGACGUGGGCCAGGCGCCGCAGCCUCAACACCAGCCUCAGCCUCAACCGCAGCCUCUACCUCAACCUCAACAGCCGGCGGUGGCGGGCCCUCAGGCGCAGACUCCUCAACAGGGCACUCGGCAGCAGCGGCGGUCCGAGCUGCGCGUCGAGCUGUGCUCCAGAGACCUCUGGCGGAGGUUCCACGCGCUCGGCACCGAGAUGAUCAUCACCAAGGCCGGCAGGCGCAUGUUCCCCACGGUGAAGGUGCGGCUCGGCGGCCUGGACCCCGCCGCCACCUACAUCGUCUUCCUGGACAUCGUGCCACUGGAUGACAAGCGCUACCGCUACGUCUACCACAGCUCGCAGUGGAUGGUGGCGGGCUCCGGGGACCCCCCGCUGGCGCACAGCGUGUACGUCCACCCCGACUCGCCGGCCACGGGCCAGCUGUGGAUGGCGCAGGGCGUCGUCGCCUUCGACAAGCUCAAGCUCACCAACAACCGCCGGCCGCUCGUCCGAGGGCAGGUUUCCUUGCACUCAAUGCAUAAAUACCUGCCGAGAGUGCAUAUAUUGGAGACAACAGACCUAGAGACUCCAGCAGAGCAGCAGGCAAGUGUGGAACGAGCUCUGACUUACACAUUCCCUGAGACGGCCUUCACAACAGUCACCGCAUAUCAAAACCAACAGAUCACUCGUCUGAAGAUUGCAAGUAACCCUUUUGCUAAAGGAUUCCGGGAGGCAUCGAGAACACGGGAUGGAAGUGAAGAUACACGCCAGCUGUGCCGACCACUCAGCGGUCCUGGAGCAGUCUUACCAACACUGCGACCUGAAAUGUUUUCAUUUGCGCACACCACUACAAACCCAGCAAUGUUCUCUGUGGACCCCUACUGUAAUGCAGCUGUGACUCCACUCCUCCACCGGGGAUUCUACCCUCUGACCGCACCAGUGCGGUUUGUUGUUCCUCCCCAGCUUGGGCUGGCAGUCACUGGGUCCACUCCUCACGCACUUUGUGUGACUCCUGAUACUGAUUCGUCUGCUAGAAUGUAUGGCAUGACAGGUGAGGAGGCUGACCAGAUAAGCAGACAAAAGGAAUACAAAGAGGAAGUAGUUCUUAUGGACACGAAUAAGAAGACGUCUAUUGACAGCACCCACCAAGUCACUCAUGCUCGUGACAGUGCAAGCUUCCUCAGGACUGUACCUCUUGAUUUAUCAAAGUUGAAACAUCAGUUUUGAAGUUUUAUUUAAACUGAUAUGAGAAAAUAUUUAUUUUAUAUACCAAAAUACUAAUUUUCAAAACCAAAGAAUAUUAAAUUAUUUUAAGAGAAAUGUGCAUAUAGGAAUUAUUUUAUAAAUCUCUGUUUUAUGGAGCUGUUAAAAUAUUUAUCAAUACUGUAAUAAUUCCAAAUAUAAAUUGAAAUAGAAAAUAAAUAUCAUUAUAUAACUUAUUUUUGUAUAAAUAAACAGAAUUUGCUGCACUUAUUCACAGUGCAGAAAGCUCUA